CCUUCUCCAUCUUUAAUGUUUCCUCAAUAUCUUAUCUCCAUGAAACUAUCAAUUCUACAACAAAUAGGGUGUUCAAAUUACUAUGUUUUAGUGUUUCUUUCAUGGCUGCUGUUAGCAUGCAGCACUCAUCAGCUGAGAAGUUAUGAAACUCAGCUUCUUCUUCAGCUGAGGAAGCAUUUGGAGUACCCUCUGCCUCUGAGCAAUUGGGAAAAUCAUAACAAUCCUGAUUUCUGCAAUUUGUUAUCUUCACCACAGCUCACCAUCAAAUGUGAGAAUGAUUCUGUCACCGAGCUUCGGAUCAUGGGAGACAAACCUGCAAAGGUUAGUAAUGAGUUCAGAGGGUUUGCAAUUCCAAAUAUAACAUUGUCUCAGAGUUUCUCUAUGGAUUCUUUCAUUACAACCUUGGUAAGGUUGUCCAGCUUAAAGGAUGUUACUUUAGUGUCUCUAAGCAUAUGGGGUCCACACUCUGAUAAAAUCAAUAGAUUGUAUCUGCUUGAAGCUUUAGACAUGAGUUCAAAUUUCUUGUUUGGUUCAAUUCCUUCUCAAAUGUCAAGUAUGUCUAAGCUUAGGACUUUGAGCUUUGAUCAAAACUAUUUCAAUGGCAGUGUUCCCGAGUGGUUGGAUUCAUGGUUGAAUCUCACAGUCUUGAGCUUAGAGAACAACAGAUUGAAUGGUGAGGUUCCUUCUGCAGUUUCAAGAAUCACAACAUUGAUUGAAUUAGUUUUGUCUCACAACUUUCUCACUGGAAAGUUUCCUGAUCUGAGCAAACUCUCCAGUUUGCAGUUGCUAGAUUUGAGAGAGAACAGUUUCGAUUCCGGAUUGCCCCCUCUGCCAAAAGGGCUGGCUAAUGUAUUUCUAAGCAAUAACUCAUUUUCUGGUAACAUACCAGAACAAUUUGUUAACUUGGAUCAACUUCAGCAUCUUGAUUUGUCGAAUAAUCAUCUUAGUGGAACCCCUCCUCUGCUCUUCUCUCUCCCGAAUAUCAGUUACUUGAAUCUGUCAUCCAACACUCUUAGUGGAUCACUUCCCGAGCAUCUCAAGUGCGGAGAACGACUUAGUUUGAUCGAUCUUUCUGAUAAUAAAAUUGUAGGCCAGCUCCCUAAUUGCUUGGCAGAUGAAAGAAUAGUCAAAAUUAGUGGGAAUUGUUUCUCUACUGAUGCCAGAGAUCAGCAUUCUGCAUCAUACUGCAAAGACGUUAGUAAGGGCGAAGGACGGUCUAGAAUGAGGGAAAUAGUCCUUCUGGCCGGAACUAUCGUUGUAGUGAUAAUCCUCUUGCUUGUUGGUCUUAUGUUUUUCUGCAAAAGGCACCGAACACAGCAUGCAGUAGUUCAGCAUAUUGCACCUAAGGUUAAACAAGACGAUCCACUAAUUUCCCCCGAUCUCCUAGCAAGUGCCACGAUACUUUCGGAAGUUGAGAAUCGAAGUUCUCCACCCUAUAGGGUGUUUACUUUACCAGAACUUAAAGAAGCUACAAAAAACUUUGAUCAGUCAUCUUUCUUGGGCCAAGGUUCUUUCGGAAAGGUUUACAAGGGAAGGUUAGAGAAUGGAAGCUUUCUUGCUAUCCGAUCUUUAACUCUAUACAGAAAAUGCUCGAUCCAAAACCUCAAGCUGCGGCCUGAUUUGCUUUCAAAGCUUCGCCACCCUCACUUGGUUGCCCUUCUUGGUCAUUGCAUUGAUGAUGGAACACAGGACGACUCAACUGUGCGUAGGUUGUACCUCAUGCAAGAAUUCGUUCCUAAUGGAAGCUUCCGCUCUCAUCUCUCAGAGAAGGUCCUGAAGUGGCCAGAAAGAUUGGCUGUUGUAAUCGGUGCAGCCAAGGCCGUACAUUUUCUUCGUACCGGGGUGAUCCCCCCUUCUCUGAGCAAUCGUCUAACGACCAACAGUAUACUGAUAGAUGAGCAUGGGAUUGCAAAGCUUAGUAAUUAUGGAAUGUCUCUCAUUGAAGAUGAAAUUGAAAAAACUGAUGAUGAUGUUCACAACUUCGGGUUCAUAUUACUCGAGUCACUGGUAGGUCCUAUCGCAAGUGGAGAAGGCGAAGCAUUUCUGCUAAAUGAGAUGACAUCAUUCAGCAGCCAAGACGGUAGGCGAAAGAUGGUGGAACCAAUCGUGCUAACUACGAGCUCACAGGAGUCGUUGUCCAUUGUGAUAUCCAUCACGAACAAAUGUAUAUCAGAUGAAUCCUCGGGGUGGCCCUCGUUUGAAGAUGUGCUGUGGAACUUGCAGUAUGCUGCUCAAGUGCAGGGCACGGCCGAUGCUGAUCCGGAUAGCGCAUCGCAUCAGAGCUUCGGCUAACCUCUCCUCCUCUUUUGAUUCAGCUCAUGUGUUGGUUGUAAUUCUUUGAUUAACUUAUAGUACUAGUAGGGAAUGUAAAUGCAUUGUUUUUCAGUAUUUGAUGUAUACAUUGAAGAAAUUAGGUGGUGGCU